GGCUAUUGCUUGCUGUGUUUUUCCUCAGUGAUCCUCCAUGAGGGCGCACUAGUGGUGCUUUGCUUGGGAAACACCCUCAGCGACGAAGUGUGUAAGGGAACACGGAGGGGGGGCACGGAUGCUUAAGCAGGCGAUGAACAAUGCAUAUGGUCUGAGACAGGGGAUUUUCCUCAAAUUAUCUCUGCACCGUUGUCCUCUCAUGAAUGCAGCUGCGUCUGGCUCGUGUGGAGUGGAAACGUGCUUUUCUGUCGAGGGAGUGUGAGGAUGCUGUGUGGAGCUGUGUGGAGACCCAAACCGAAACGACAUAUCUAGCAAAUUUUGAGGAGAAUCGCGAGUUCGUGCAUGCAGGCAAGAAUAAAACAAACGAGCCCUUUUCUCUGUCUCUGUCUAGAGCAUCGCCAUGUUUUGUGACUUUUAAAGGUUGAGCAGAGGCGUGAUGAAGGCGGUGUGGAAGAGCAGGUUCCGCACGCGACUGUGUGUAUGCGCUGGACUCAUCGCCCUCAGCUGGCUUCUCCGCGUAACAGAUCCCCCUGAUAAAGAUUUAGAUCUGAUUUGGUCUAAGCGAAAACUGACUCAGCAGAAUGGAGAAUUGAACCAAACAUCCAGUCAACCACGAACUGCGAUCAAUGAAUUUCCCGAAGAUGCUUUCACUAAGGAGGAGAGAAGGCAUGGGGCACUGCUGCUGCAUACCCUCUGUGCUGUUUACAUGUUCUACGCCCUGGCUAUUGUCUGUGACGUAUAUUUUGUUCCAUCUCUGGAAAAGAUAUGUAAGAACCUUCAUCUGAGUGAGGAUGUUGCUGGGGCCACCUUCAUGGCUGCAGGAAGUUCUGCUCCAGAGCUCUUUACCUCUCUGAUUGGUGUAUUCAUCACUAAAGGAGAUGUGGGAGUUGGCACUAUAGUGGGUUCAGCUGUGUUUAAUAUCCUAGUAAUCAUUGGAGUUUGCGGAAUUUUUGCUGGACAGACGAUCCUUCUCACUUGGUGGCCUCUCUUCCGGGACUCCGUGUACUACAUCAUCUCGGUCUUGGCUUUAAUUCUGAUCAUUUAUGAUGAGAAAGUUCUCUGGUGGGAGACUAUUAUUCUCAUAUCAAUGUAUGGAAUUUACAUCCUUAUCAUGAAAUUUAAUGGUCAAAUCUGGGGCUGGGUGGAAAUGAGGUGUGGUAUACCUGGACAGCCAUGCUUGGUCAGCAGCCUACGACAAGAUGUAGCAGCAGAAGAAGCUAGCACACACUGUGACACUUCUGCGAUUCUGAUGAAGAAAGGUCAGUGUGCAAGUGAACAGGACUCAGCCGUAGUGAUGGUGGAUGAGCUGAUGAGUCUGCAUCCUCACCAGUUCACCUUAUCAGAGGCAAGCCCCCCACCACCAAUUUUCUCCCUGCAUGCACCUCAGCAUGGCUGGAUACAUGUUUAUCGUGAGAGGCAGAGACUGAUCUUAGGCCGGAGCUCAGGGGAAAGUGGCAGCGGUGUAGGAGAAAUUCCCAGUCAGGAAAGCCCAGGAAUGGACGGAGCACCCUGGGGACUGGAAAAUGGUGACAACAUGGACAGUGAGACCCAACCUCUUGAAGAGGCAAGGACAUGGGGCAAUGGGGGGACAACAGCAAGAGUGGAAGGCAUGGGGGACACACAGUCCAAAGUCACAGAGGAGGAUGAAGAGGCAGAAGAAGAACAACCAUUUAAUCCUCUGAUUGUGCCAGGAGGGUACUGUGAACGGGUGAAGUGGUUGCUCUCAUGGCCUUUAAGCAGCCUGCUUUAUUACACUGUGCCCAACUGCUUGCUGCCACACUGGGAGCGCUGGUUCAUGGUCACCUUUGUGAUUUCUACACUCUGGAUUGCUGUUUUUUCCUACCUCAUGGUGUGGAUGGUCACCAUAAUCAGUUACACACUUGACAUCCCAGAUGUGAUUAUGGGCAUCACUUUCUUAGCAGCUGGCACAAGCGUCCCAGACUGUAUGGCUAGUCUUAUAGUUGCCCGACAAGGUAUGGGAGACAUGGCCGUCUCUAAUUCAAUAGGUAGUAAUAUUUUUGAUAUUCUAUUGGGUCUUGGUUUCCCGUGGGCUCUGCGUACACUUGUGGUGGAUUAUGGCUCAGUGGUCAUCAUUAAUAGCAGAGAACUGGUGUAUUCAGUUGUUUUACUACUUGCUUCAGUCUUUCUCACAGUUCUCAGUGUACAUUUGAAUCACUGGAGACUUGACCGCCGGUUAGGCCUGGGUCUUCUGAUCUUGUAUGCCAUCUUCCUUCUCUGCUCGAUCUGCUUUGAGACACUGUAGUUUACAUCCAACACAGAUAAUGAAAUGCCAUCUUGAAAUGUAGGCUGGAUUAUGGAGUAAACAUCACAUCACUGUAAUAAUUGCAUCAUGAGGAGCCAGUUCUGUGUGGGUCAGUCAGUGAUUAGAAAGUUAUAAAGCAUAUUAAGGAUGCUGAUACAAAGUAUUCAUGCAAUUGGAUAUCGGAACAAAGCUAUGGUCCUCAUGCUGUUGGCAGUGCACGCAGCCAGCUAUUUUUGGGCGUCAUUGCAAAGGUGAAGUUCAUGGUUUGGACACUAGGGGUCACUAAAGUCGAAUCAGUAAACGCUGCCUUUUGCCAUAUU